AUGGACAAAUCGAUUAAACGUGGCCUCAAUGAUCGAAUCUAUGAUAAGAGAAAGGCAGCGGCUCUAGAAUUGGAACGUGUUGUCAAAGAUUGUAUCAGUAAUGGAGAAGAGUCGGAGAAGAUUCAAUUGAUAAUCAAGGAAUUGCGAAAUGACUACGCUUAUGCUGUUCAUCAGCCAAAUGCUAGAUACGGAGGAUUGAUUGGUUUAGCAGCCGUGGCCAUAGCUCUCGGCCAGAAUGAGGUUCCCCAGUAUUUGGAAGGGAUAAUGCACCCAGUUCUAGCCUGCUUUGGGGAUCAAGAUCCAAUGGUUCGAUACUUUGCCUGUGAGGCUCUUUACAAUAUUGCCAAAGUUUCAAAAGGAGAAAUUCUGAUCUAUUUCAACGAGAUAUUUGAUGUGCUCUGUAAGUUGGUCGCUGAUCCAGAGAUGAGUGUAAAAAAUGCUGCUGAUAUAUUGGAUAGAUUGAUUAAGGAUAUUGUUAGUGAAAAGGCUGCUACUUAUGUGUCUGUGUUGGCCAUACCUGUAGAAGCACCUCCCGCCGCUACACUGAUAGAUCCGAGAACAGGCAAAACACUUCAGGUGUAUCAACCGCAGCUUCCUACGGCAUUUUCGUUAUCUAAAUUCAUUCCCCUUUUGAAAGAGCGCAUGUACGCAACGAAUCCUUACACUAGAAUGUUUCUUGUGAGCUGGUUGAGGUUGCUAGACUCUAUUCCCGACUUGGAGAUGAUAUCAUACCUUUCUUCGUUCUUUGAUCCGCUAUUAUCGUAUCUUAGUUCGUCUUUGGAAGAUGUUAGAGUUGUCACUGAAAAUUUUCUUAAACUUCUAUUGCAUGAAAUCAAAGGUAUUUAUGAGGUCAAACAGGCUGUAAAGCAAAAGGAGGAAGAACUGAAGAAGGAUAAGUUAAGUAAAGGCAUUCUUAAAGAUUCAGAUGAAGAGACCCAUAGCGCUGAUGAAGAUGAUGGCUUAUACAUUCCCGGACAAGAUGUCGUAGUUGACUAUCCCAAGAUUAUUGAUAUUCUCAUCAACAAUCUUGAUUCCACGGAAGAGUCCAUUCAAUUGAUGGUUCUACAAUGGCUACGCAGCCUUCUAGAACUUUCACCUUCUUCAUUUAUCAUCUUCAUGCCCAAACUACUCUCUGUUUUAUUGACCAUUAUUUCCCACAGUAACUACCAGUUACAGACAAUGGCAGUGGACCUCAACGCCAAAUUAAUGGAGCUUGCAUCCACUGACGAACAUGAAAUCAACUACACGUUGAUUGUUAACCAGCUCACACUCCAAUUCCUCAAUGAGAAAGAAUCGACGCGAUUAGCAGCGUUGGAUUGGCUAAUCAUGCUUCAUGACAAAGACCCGCCUACAUUCCUGGAACAUUCUGAUAAUAUAUUUGUGAUGUUACUAAAGGCCUUGAAUGAUUCGUCAAAUAAUGUCAUUGACAAGGACUUGGAACUGCUUUCAAAAAUAUCCAACCAAAGCGAUGACAAGUACUUCCAAUCGUUUAUGGUUGAUCUUGUGAAUCUAUUCAAAAAAGACAGAAAGUUGUUGGAUACUCGUGCAGACUUCAUUGUUAGAACCAUCUGUAAAUCUUUGGACUCAGAAAGAGUUUACAAGUCGAUCUCUAGAGUUCUCUCUGAGGAUGAGUCGAACCUCAGCUUUGUCUCGAUUGUCAUCCAAAUCUUGAAUAAUAACUUGAUCAUUGCACCUGAACUCCAAAAAUUGAGACGAAAACUCAUCAAUGGAGAGUCUAAGGAGUUGUUUGAAGAUUUGUUCACCUGUUGGUCACUAAAUUCACCGUCUUUGCUCUGUUUGACAUUACUUACAUCCAAGUAUAAGUUGAGCUGGCAGAUUGUGUCCCAGAUGGCCAACUAUGAUAUUUCAUUGAGUAUUCUUAUCCAAUUGGAUCUCUUGAUCCAGCUUCUCGAGAGUCCUGUAUUUGCCAAGCUUCGUCUCGAUCUCUUGAAUCCCCGUGAAAACCUCUAUUUGUUCAAGUGUUUGUAUGGAUUAUUGAUGUUAUUGCCGCAGUCAAACUCGUUCAAAGUUCUUCAAAAUAGACUCAGUGCCAUUGCUCCUAUCGCCAACCUUCCUUUGGAGGAAGGAAAAAGUAAGGUCAAAAAAGGCUUACCUGACAGUAGCAAUUCGGAAAAACUUCUCAUGGCAUUCAAUAAGUCUCAGAAGAGGCUUGAUGAGUAUAAGCAAAGCGACGAGGCUAAGGAAACAGAUGAUGCAGUGAUACCACAGAACUCCGAAUCUGGUGAUACCCCGAUCGAGUUCGAUUCUAAGGGCUUCCAGGAUGACACAAUAUUGCAAUCUUCCCCUAUUGAAACCAGUUCGGCAUUAGGUACUCCAAAAAGGACAAAUUACAUAGCAACGCUCUCUGGGAAGCUGAAUAGAAACUAA